GUUUUGUUUCUCAUACAACGAAGAAGAAGAAGAAGAGGAAGAAAGCGAAGAACCCACGUUUGUUAAAGCCUCUCACAUUACAUUUGCGACGAAGGCAGGCAGCACGUUACCUCUAUCCCAGAAAAUGAACGGACUAAACGACGAGCCAAUGACACCACAGACCUUUCUUUAUGGGUGUGUUCUGGAAGCUGGCAAGGAGGUGGUCUUCAAUCCUGAUGAUGAUGAGUUGGAGCAUCAACUAGAUCUGAGGAUGGCAUGUGUGGACCCCAGCUCAAAGGACGAACUCCACUUGGUGGAGGUUGAAGGACAGGAUUCGGAGGGUCAGAAGGUCAAGGCAGUGCUAGUUUCACUCAAGCCGUCCACCCUGCCCAGCGUGUGUCUUGGUGGGUUCACGGUCACACCCCCAACAGUGUUUCGCCUGAAGACGGGUUCAGGUCCAGUUCACCUCAGUGGACAGCACCUCAUCAUGAUGGAGGCUGACCAGUCUUUUGAUGAAGAUGAUGAAGAGGAGGAGGAAGAGGAGGAAGCCGUUCCAACGUCAAAGAAAAGAUCCAUCCCAUUCGCCGCUGCUAAGACUCAGAAAAAAAUGAAAAUGGAAGCAGGAGAUGACGAGGACGAUGAGGAGGAAGAUGAUGAGGAUGAUGAAGAUGAGGAUGAGGAUGAAGAGAGUGAAGUUGAGGAAUCACCAGUAAAGGCCAAACAAACCCAACCCAAAGCAACUCCGGCCAAACCAAAAGGCCCGGCUCAGAAUGGCAAGAACUCARCGCAGAGCACACCUGCCCCAAAGCAGAAGACCCCCAAGGGAAAACAAGAGAAGUCACCGAAGACUCCGGCAACUCCCAAACAGGAAUUAACUUUUCCUCAGAUGAAAGCCAAGCUGAUGGAGGCAAUGAAGAAGGGUAUCACAUUACCUAAAGUGCAGCCCAAGUUUGAGAACUAUGUGAAGAACUGCAACAAAGUGACCGACCCCCAGAUUGUUGCAGAUCUGUGGAAGUGGCGACAGACGCUGAAGGAAGAAAAGUAGCUGACUCUCUAGUUUUUACCAAUUUUAUGACCUGUUCAUCCCCAUAGCCUCUCAUAUUCUCUACGUCUGUGCCUCAGUUUUCCUUGGAAUCUCUCUGCCUUCCUGAAUGUAGAGGUUGAAUAUGGUGAACAUCUGAAACAUUAGUUUCACCCUCUCCUUUAGACAAACUGAAGCCUGUUCAAAGAUUACUGGAAAUGAAAGUUGCUGGACUGUUGGGACGCGAGUGUGUAAAUUUGUUUCUGCUUAUAUCUGGUUCAAAUUGAAUUGUUCUCUUGGGUGUAAAAAGCAUCACAUCAAAUGGAAAACACACCUUGUUAAAUGACUGUUGAAAUAAUCUACCUUAAUCUUUUUUUUUUCUGAAUGUUGAUGCUACCAUGAUCAACUUAUUCAAAACUCGUGUCAUGUUUAACCGUCCAAUUAAUGUUUUUUUUUUUUUUCUCAUAAGUAACAAGUUGGAUAAAAUGCACUUCAACUUUGUCAAGUUGUUAAAACUUGUUGGUCCCUUAGGCCAAAGGUUGUGUACCGUUGAAAUAUGUUUUAUGCUUUAGGGAGUCUGCAAAUGACUUGUAAUCUUUCUCUGAAAUUCCAGUGUGCUCAUGAUUCAAAAGUACAAAUUCAGUGCUCAUUUGACUAAAGUAAGAUCAUGAAGGUGUAGGAGUGGUAAAUGAGAUCAUUCCAUUCCGUUUCCAUUGUAGUUUUAUUUUUUUAAUCUCAUUUACCUUUUGUCCUUUUUUUUUUUUUUUAACCUCUGGUUUGAUGGUUCAUGUCUCAAAAUCGAUUAAAACAAGGCAUGGCUUUCUUCACCGUUUGUUAGAAUCAGGAAUGUUCCCAGGUUUCAGGAUGCUUGCAGUGUUUGAUCUUUUUCCUUUUUUUUAUUUGAAGCAACUUAUUAAAACAAACGAAAUUAACAUA